GGAGGUGACGGGGCGCCGCUGCCUGAGUGGCCAGUCGGUGCCGGGAGUCACGGGGACCGUGGCCUGGACGCGCGCGGUGCCUGCGCCCGACCUUGGGCACCUCGUGGUACCUGAGGUCACCGGCGCCCCCUCCCCACGUCCCCGGAGGCGGCCUGGAGUGUCCCCGACGGAGUCCUGCAGGGCAGCCCUCACGUGAGCCCAGCCUGAGGACCCGGAGCUGCUGCUGCGGCCGCUGCGGCCCUGGUGGGGAGACGGCACGAUGCCCCUGCUGCAGUGCUGGAGGCGCCGGGCAGCCUCGAGGCGCCCGCAGCCCGAUGAAAUCAUGCACCACGACAUCAGCCCGCUCUGUGCUGCCGACAUCCAGGACCAGCUGCAGAAGCGGUUCGCUUACCUGUCUGGUGGACGGGGGCAGGACGGCAGCCCCGUCAUCACCUUCCCUGACUACCCGGCCUUCAGCGACGUCCCGGACAAGGAGUUCCAGAGCGUCAUGACGUAUCUCACCAGCAUCCCCAGCCUGCAGGAUGCCGGCAUCGGCUUCAUCCUGGUCAUAGACCGCAGGCAGGACAGAUGGACCUCAGUCAAGGCGUCCAUCCUGAGAAUCGCGGCAUCCUUCCCCGCAAACCUCCAGCUCGUCCUUGUCCUGCGCCCAACGGGAUUUUUCCAAAGGACGCUCUCCGACCUGGCCUUCAGGUUCAACAGAGAUGACUUUAAGAUGAAGGUACCGGUCAUCAUGCUGAGCUCAGUCCCGGAGUUACACGGGUACAUCGACAAGUCCCAGCUGACCGAGGACCUGGGGGGGACGCUGGAUUACUGCCACUCCAGGUGGCUGUGCCACCGCACGGCAAUCGAGAGCUUUGCCCUCCUGGUGAAGCAGACAGCACAGAUGCUGCAGGCUUUUGGGACCGAGCUGGCCGAGACAGAGCUGCCCAACGACGUGCAGUCCACGAGCUCCGUGCUCCGCGCCCACACGGAGAAGAAGGAGGGAGCCAAGGAGGACAUGAGGCUGGCGUCGGACAGGGGGCAGAGGGUCCUCGAGAGCAUCCAGGAGUCGCUGACCCGGGGCCCAGGGCAGAGCCUGAACCAGGACCAGCUGGACAGCGAGAGCACCGUGCAGAGGCUCCUGGCCCAGCUGAGCGAGACCGAGGCCGCCUUCGACGAGUUCUGGGCAAAACAUCAGCAAAAGCUAGAGCAGUGCCUGCAGCUCCGGCACUUCGAGCAGGACUUCCGAGAGGUCAAAGCUGCCUUGGACACGUUGGCGCAGAAGAUAGUGACUUUCACCGACGUGGGCAACAGCCUGGCGCACGUGCAGCACCUCCUGAGGGACCUGGCCGGCUUCGAGGACAAGUCCCGUGCGGCCGUGCAGCGGGCCCGCACCCUGUCGCUGGAGGGCGAGCAGCUCAUCGAGCACAGGCACUACGCCGUGGACUCCAUCCGCCCCAAGUGCCACGAGCUCCGCCACCUGUGCGACCAGCUUGUGGCGGACGUCGGGCGGAGGAGGGGGCUGCUGGGCAAGUCGCUGGAGCUGCACGGCCUUCUGGAGGCGUCCAUGGCGUGGUGCGACGAGGGCAUCUACCUGCUGGCCUCGCAGCCGCUGGACAAGUGCCAGUCCCAGGAUGGCGCCGAGGCGGCCCUGCAGGAGCUCGAGAGGUUUCUGGAGGCGGGUGUGGAGAACAAGAUCCAGGAGCUCAGCAAGAUCUACCAGGACUACGAGCUCAUCCUCACCCAGGACCUGCGGGAGCACGUGCAGAAGGUCUUCCAGAAGCAGGAGAGCGUGGAGGAGAUGUUCCACCGGCGGCGGGCGAGCCUCAAGAAGCUGGCGGCCAAGCAGACGCGGCCCGUGCAGCCGGUGGCCCCCCGGCCGGAGGCGCUCGCGAAAUCGCUCUGCCCCUCCCCCGGCGCCCGGAGAGGAUCCGAGAACCCCAGCUCCGAGGGGAGCGCGCUCCGGAGGGGGCCCUACAGGAGGGCCAAGAGUGAAGUGAGCGAGGGCCGGCGGCAGGGCCGGGGCAGCUCCACCGGGGACGAGGAGAGCCUGGCCGUCCUGCGGAGGCACGUGAUGAACGAGCUUCUGGACACGGAGCGGGUCUACGUGGAGGAGCUGCUGUGCGUGCUGGAGGGCUACGCGGCUGAGAUGGACAACCCUUUAAUGACACAUCUCAUCUCCACGGGCCUUCAAAACAAGAAGGACGUUCUGUUUGGAAACAUGGAAGAAAUUUACCACUUUCAUAACAGAAUAUUCCUGAGGGAGCUGGAGAACUACAUCGAUUGCCCAGAGCUGGUUGGAAGGUGCUUUCUAGAAAGGGUGGAGGAGCUGCAGAUCUACGAGAAGUACUGCCAGAACAAGCCGCGCUCCGAGAGCCUGUGGAGGCAGUGCUCCGACUGCCCGUUUUUCCAGGAAUGCCAGAAGAAGCUGGACCACAAGCUGAGCCUGGACUCCUACCUGCUGAAGCCGGUGCAGAGAAUCACCAAGUACCAGCUGCUGCUCAAGGAGAUGCUGAAGUACAGCAAGAGCUGCGAGGGGGCCGAGGACCUGCAGGAGGCGCUGAGCUCCAUCCUGGGCAUCCUCAAGGCGGUGAACGACUCCAUGCACCUGAUCGCCAUCACGGGCUACGAGGGGAACCUGAGCGACUUGGGGAGGCUGCUGAUGCAGGGCUCCUUCAGCGUCUGGACGGACCACAAGAAGGGCCACGCCAAGGUCAAGGACCUGGCCAGGUUCAAGCCCAUGCAGCGCCACCUCUUCCUGCACGAGAAGGCCGUGCUCUUCUGCAAGAAGCGCGAGGAGAACGGCGAGGGCUACGAGAAGGCCCCCUCCUACAGCUACAAGCAGUCCCUGAACAUGACGGCCGUCGGCAUAACGGAGAACGUGAAAGGGGACGCAAAGAAGUUCGAGAUCUGGUACAACGCCAGGGAGGAGGUGUACAUCGUACAGGCACCGACGCCCGAGAUCAAGGCCGCCUGGGUGCGCGAGAUCCGGAAGGUGCUGACCAGCCAGCUGCAGGCGUGCAGAGAGGCCAGCCAGCACCGAGCCCUGGAGCAGUCCCACAGUCUGCCCCUGCCCGCGCCUGCCGGCACCAGUCCCUCGAAAGGGAACACCAAAAACGUCAAAAAGUUGGAAGAAAGAAAAACGGACCCGCUAAGCCUGGAGGGCUACGUGGGCCCAGCACUGCCACCGAGACACCCCGAGAAGGGCAAAGCUUCUCCUACCAGUCCCGACAAAAAAGCUAAGCGGCACCAAGUAAAGAGCGACCCAACGCCUUUUGGUUUACGAGGUUGGAGCAAAACGUCUCACCCAUCAGAGGGACCUGAGGACAACGACGGCUGGUCCAGUGCUGAGGAGCCGAUCAACUCCUCAGACGCGGAGGAGGACGGCGGAGUGGGCCCCAGGAAGCUGCUGCAUGUGCGCGUGCCUCUCCCUGCGUAAGGGAGCUGCGCUGAGGGACAGAUUUGCCUUCUAAGCGAAGUCCUGUUGUAGCACGAGCAGCGCAGGAAGCUAAGUGGCGCAUUAGGUCUCCGAGGCAGGAGGGUUCCAACCGCUAUUUGCUGUCCCCUUGUGCUCCCCUGGUUCACACCCACUUACGGCAGCAAACAGAGCACCCCAGGGUUGGAGGGGCAGACACAGGUAAAUGGAGGAAAGCGGAGGGAGAGUCUCGGUGGCCAGGGCGACCCUUCCCAAGGAGGCCUGAGGGUGAGAAGGGCUGGGCCUUGGGGGACCAGCGGGGGAAACCUAGGCUGGCGGGCAGGGAGGCCGGGCAGGCCUGGUGGGUUUGCAUUCUGCGCUCGGUGCUGCUCAGGGCCAGUCAGGGCCCGGGCAAGGUGUCCAGAGUGGGUGCAGCCCCUCCCAUGAGGAUGAAGGACACCGGCCUGGCGCGCCCCGCCUCCCGGUGCCCAGUCGUGUGUCUCACCGCCCCUGAGGCCGGAGCCCCCAUGCUACGGCAGAAAGGCCUCUUCUUCUCAGGGUCCUCACUGUGCGGCACCUCCGUCCACAGGUGUGCUGAGCACCUGUGUGUGCGGCACUGACUGUCGGGCACUGAGGACAAGCGGGACAGAGGGGACAGGAAUCCCUCCUCUCCUGGGGCGAAGGACUAGCAAAGGCAGGGCACGUGGGUGGGGGCAGAGGCGUGGCCCAGCAAGAGGGAACAGCAGGUGCAAAGGCCCUGGGGCCGCAGGUGCUGGGCGCGGUGGGAGCACCGGGCACAGGCUGGUCAGGUUCAGGGGUCGCCACGAGCCCUGGCGCCUCCCCGGACUAGGAGGCCUUCCCAGGGUAAGGCGUAGCCCCACCGGCAGCGCUGAGGCUGGCAGGGCUCUCAUCCUUCCCGUGGCGCUGGACGCCGGGCACCGGUCGACGCGUGCCCCGCGCCCUGCCGUCCCCUCCCCAGGUGCCCGGGAAGUACACGGUCGCGGGGCCGGAGGAGAAGGGGGGCCCCGACGCGCUGGCGCUGAGAAGCGGGGACGAGGUGGAACUGGUG